AGUUGUAACAAAAGUUGAAUCGCGACAAACACGUAUAUACGUCAAUAUUCUUUUUCUUAGAAUUAGUUUAAUAUGGGACAAGAUAUUGUACAUAAUGUUCAUGGUAUGUGUUGACUUAGUAUCAUAGGCAUUUUUUAAUCUAUAUUUCAUAAUAUCUUGCUUUGAUACCGUUUCAAAAUUUUCAUUUUCAUACUAUCUUCGUUUGAGUCUUUCUAAGAACGAAUGAAACGUGCUACUUUUCGCAACACACGUUGAUAUAUUUACUGCUUUCGUGCAUGAUUCUACUAUACGAUGACAAGCAUACACUAUUUCUUUUCAGAUUCAGAAGUGAGACAAAAUUGUUAUAGGAAUCGGUCUAUAUAUAUACGUGCAAUAAAUUGAAUAGCACAUCGAUACCAAGCCUCCAUUGAUAAAGGCGGGCGAGACUUCGAAAUGCACAUAAGUUCUUGCCUGAUCAGGAAGGCUCCUAUCUAGACCAACUAGACCAAGUUCAUCAUUAUUAUCAACCACCUACCUGAUCUAAUUUAUGAAGCUAAACCUAUGCCAUUUGCGGACAACCUUAAAUUGUUCAUGAAGAUAGGUAUUUACCUAUCACUCCGACUCACUGGAAUUACGAGACGGCCUUUACUGUAUUUACAUAUACCAAACUGCCACGCGAUGAGAAAGUCGCGUAAUAAGAAUAAAAUUCUGUACCUAUACGUACUUAAUGAUUCUCAGCUAUCUACGAUAAAUUGUGUGAGAGAUCUGAGCGUCGUCUAUAAUGAGCGAUUAUCUUACACCAAGCAUACCGCUAAUAUCAACAGGGCAAACAGGUCCCUUGGAUUUAUCCUUCGAUUCUGUUUUUAAUGAAGCAUUUUUGGACUUUUUACUUCGUGACAUUUUAUUCUUACUUUCACCUAUAGAACACACUGGUAAAAUUUGUACACUAAACUCCAGGAUGCCCUGUAUAAUCCUAUUUUGCUACCUUAUCGAGUUUUUCGAACCUCUUAUAAUUGGCUUUUGUUGUAUAAAUUUUGUAGAAAAUUCCAUCAUUAGACCAUUAUCGGACAUUGAAUUUUGUUUCACGUGGGAAAACGAUUAUCGAUCAAUUUUCCAAAAUCGAGUACUCCAAUAAAUUUCAUAUAUGGUUUCUUUCAUUGUGGCUUUGAAAAAUGUAGUUAAAUUAAAUUUAUAAUGUAGUAAGUCGAAUAAAUUUAAUAUUCUCCGUAAUGUUUAUACAGCUCAACUUCAAUACUACGAAUUUGUUCAAGAAUUUCGUGAUGAUCAGCUUUCAAAAUAUGAUGCAGAAUUCGAUCUUCACGAAUUAUUGCAUUGCGUGACCUCUUACUUCCUUUGUACGUUAUUAGUCGUGCCAAUAUUAGUAUAAAUAUUAGUAUAUAUUUGGAAUAAAUUAGAUAGUGAAUAUCCCUCAAUUGUCAAUAUUUUUAUUUGUAUCUUUUGCUUAUAAAUGAUAUCUCAUCCGUCACACAUCGUUUCUGAAGUGACAUGCAUUUAAUACGACACACUGUUAUUAAGUGAAAGACACUCGUUGCAUUUCGUAGAGCAAUUUUAUUUAGCAAGUUUGGAAUAGAUUAAUUAGAAUAGUAAGGCUACAUAUAUACAUUGACUCGAUUGUCACAAGUUGAGUUUCAUUUUGAAGUUCCUUGGAAGUAUAUAUACUGCUAUUGUUUGCCAAAAUUGAUGGGAACCAACCGUUGGGAAACAAUAAACCGACGGUAAAGUCGGUGUAGAAAGUCUAAUGGCGAAUGCCGAAUGCUUUAGGUCGGCUAUCAUAGCUGCAUUCCUAGGUGGGACGACGCCAAUCAUCUCUUAUUUGAAGUGGCGUCAUUUACGCAGGAAGAAAGUUUGGGGUUCAUAGGCAGCUGCUUAAACGUCAUGCGUGAAUAAGAACACAAAGCGUAUGAGACGAUCGACGUAACCUCAAUAAAAAGGAUGGCCUCUAGCCUCUAACAGUGAAGAGAGGACCGAGACUGUUCCAAUGUCAGCGCAAAUCUCAAAAUUUAAACAAAAUGAAGUAGUAGUGGACAUCCGUUAUACGAUGCAAUUAUUUAUAUUCC